GCCACUGACUCCCCGUGGGACCCUGGGGCAAGCCCCCGUUUCCCUCCCAUGCCCCAGUUUCCCCCGGGGAGGGGCGUCAGUGUCUCCGGGGUGCCCAGUGUCUCUCCCCCGGCACCCCAGCUCCGGGGGCUGAAGCAGCUGUUUCUGCGGAGGCCCAAGGAGGAGCCACCAGCAGAACCGCAGCCCAACGGGGAGCUGCUCAGCCCCACGGGGGGGCCCCUCUACUACUUCUACGAGGAGGAGGAGGAGGAGGAAGAAGAGGAGGAGCCUGAGCCGCCCCCCGAGCCCCAGAAGCCCAUCAAUGACAAGCCCCACAAGUUCAAGGAUCAGUACUUCAAAAAGCCCAAGUUCUGUGAUGUCUGUGCCCGUAUGAUUGUCCUGAACAACAAGUUUGGCCUGAGAUGCAAGAACUGCAAAACCAGCAUCCACCAGCACUGCCAGUCAUACGUGGAGAUGCAGCGCUGCUUCGGGAAGAUCCCCCCCGGGUUCCGCCGGGCGUACAGCUCCCCCCUCUACAGUAACCAGCAAUACGCCUGCGUCAGGGAGCUUCUCUCGGCAGCCAAUCGCAGCGACCCCGUGUUCGAGACCCUCCGGACGGGCGUCGUCAUGGCCAACAAGGAGCGGAAGAAAGCGCAGGACAAUAAGAAACCCUUGGCCGCCAUGAUGGACGAGGAGUCGGAGCUUGGGAAGCACGAAGUGGGCAAACUCGAGGCAGGCAACCCAGAAGGGGACAAGAAGGCAGAGAAAAGUACCCCCGACGACAAGAACAAGAAGCCCCAGCCUGGCUUCCUGCAGACUCAUUACUUCGUGGCGCUUUAUCGCUUCAAAGCCCUGGAGAAGGAUGACCUGGAUUUCCAACCGGGGGAGAAGAUCACGGUGGUGGAUGACUCCAACGAGGAAUGGUGGCGGGGGAAGAUCAGUGAGAAAAUUGGCUACUUCCCCCCGAACUUCAUCGUCCGGGUGCGGGCGGGCGAACGGGUUCACAAGGUCACCAGGUCCUUCGUGGGUAACAAGGAGAUCGGGCAGAUCACACUGAAGAAGGAUCAGAUCGUGGUGCAGAAGGGGGAGGAAGUGAACGGGUAUGUCAAGGUCUACACCGGUCGCAAGGUGGGGCUCUUCCCCGUCGACUUCCUGGAGGAGAUCUGAGCCCGGGCCGGCGCCGGCAGCGGUCUUCAGCCAAGGGGCGAGUGGGCCGGGCCUGGAGCCGCGCCUCAUGCCCGAACAUGGCCCCCAGGGGGCAUUUCCUUAGAGACAGCUCCUGGGGGCAGCUGCUGAUGGAGCCCCUCUCCUGGGAUAAAUGCCCCGCGUCGCUGCAGGGAGUGGAUCCUCAGCGGGGAUAUUGGUGCUGGAGUGGCAGCUUGGCCAUGAUCCAUCAGCCGCCUUGGCCCAGAACACGCAUGAGGGGCCGGCCGGGACCCAUCAGCCCUCUUGGCCCGGGACACGUGGCGGGCUGGGGCAAGCAGCAGAUCCCUUGUUUGCUCUCUCCAGAGGAUGGAAGCGGGGUGGUGAGGCCAAGGGGGGCAGACAGGAGCUCCCCUAGGACAUUUCUCUCCUGCCACGCUCACCGACGGCCAGAGGCGGGUGUGUGUGUGUUUGCACUUAGGGCUGGGGUACCUUGAGGUUUCUCUCUUCCCCGGGG